UCUCAACUCUCUGCUCAUCAGUUCACUCCUGCUGCUGGAUCAUUCUCGGCCAGUGUGCAUCUCAAGACCGAACUACGUCCUCCUCCGUUCACAGCUGCAGUUGCCCCUUGACCCGCUCACCCUUGUCGUCGUGCUCCGUAUCUGUGCCCAGCAAGCGCGGCAGUUCAGUCCUCAACCUUGGCCCGUUCCCGUCGCUAUCCAAGUCUGAGUCGCGCUUUGUAGGAAGGUGUCCAUCUGCGAUCGUGUCGCUUUUUAUCCCGCUUUACCUAUGUGGAGUGAAGUCGUUUGGUAGAGAAAAGGCUACGUGCAAUCUUAGCAAGCGAUUUCUUUUGUUUGAAGUCGGCUGCUGCGUCUUGCUGAGCGGGAUCGCAAUCCCGCAUUGGAAUUCACGGCAGGGAGACACUAGCGGUGCUGGCGUUGCAUGCACAGCCAUUUCCCCACAGCCUCGCGUCUCUCGUAGCGCCACUGCUCUCCCAGGGCUCAGCAUCCCCUCCGCCUCCGCGCCGCUCCGCCCAUCGCGUCGCAUCACCCUCUUUCCCCCCGUGGCGCCAUGGACGUGGGCUUUCUAGAAGGGCUGGUGAAGGCGGGCAGCAUGAUCCUCGUAUCUGAGAUAGGCGACAAAACCUUCUUCGUCGCUGCGCUCUUGGCCAUGCGGCACCCGCGGCGCUGGGUGCUGCUCGGCUCGCUCUCUGCUCUGUGGGUGAUGACAAUACUCUCCUCGCUCUUCGGCUGGGCUGCUCCCACCCUUCUGCCGCGGGCGUGGACGCAUGUGUGCACGACGCUGCUCUUCUUCCUCUUCGGCCUGCGCUCUCUCUGGGACGGACUCACAAUGGACGCCUCCAGGGCGUCGGACGAGCUAAAGGAGGUGGAGCAACAAUUGGACAAGGCCACCAUGGCUGCUGCCACUGCACGCGCCCAUCCCGCGUGCCACAGCACCAGCAUCGCCACACGAGACCAACGGGUUCAAGGCGCGGGGGCAGGAGGAGCGCAGCAGACAAGGUGCGCGGGGGGCGGAGGAGGAGGAGAGCAAGCACGACAAGGCCAGCAGACUAGCUCUGCGCCGCCUCCUCUCCCCAGCAUUCGUACAGGCCUUCUCCCUGGUGUUUCUCGGGGAGUGGGGCGAUAAAAGCCAGUUGGCAACAAUAGGCCUAGCAUCAGAGGCCAGUGUGUGGGCGUUGCCAUCGGUGGUUGCCUAGGCCAUGCUGUGUGCUCGGGAGCAGCGGUGAUGGGAGGGCGGCACCUGGCGUCACGAAUAUCGGAGCGCACGGUUGCACUGUGCGCCGGCGUGCUGUUUCUUCUCUUCGGCUUGCAAGCCCUGCUGCACGGCAGCACGGGCUCCUGAAGUACCACAUGGCACAGCAGUGAGCCAUGGCGCUACUAUAUGCUGUCGCGAAUUCGCAACUGGCAGGCUGUGAUGGAUUCAUGCCUGUCAAAUGCUUGUUUGCUAAGCGCGUCCGCCAUCUAUUCAUGAGUACUACCAGUACAAGGCUUUUCCAUUCCCCACGCCACGAUAUCCUUCAAUACGCUUCCAAGCCCACCCUUGCGUACAAAAGUAACCAAGAUAAAGCUCCCGCUCCUUAGGGGGGUGUUCAAAGUAGUGCACAGAACUCGGGGAAACGAUGCCAUUGGGUGGCCACAGACAUGCUCAUAUUCCCAUUUCAGUUUGUCAUAUACCUGUUUCAAUCUGCACGGCUAAUAACGUAUUUCUCAGCCG